AUGCUCUCCUCCAUCAAGACUCGAUGGGAAGAGCUCCUGGAGGAACAUCCAGGCAUCAGCCGUUUUAUCCCACCCAUCAAUUACAUCACCAUCCACUACGCCUACUUCAUCUUCGGCUCUCUCUUCUUUUCUGUCAUCUUCUGGGGAUCUAGCGAGCCGAGUCGCAGCAUCCGCUACAUCGAUGCUUUGUUCCUCGUCGUGUCGUCCUUCUGCGACGUCGGCCUUAACACUGUUAAUCUUAGCGAAAUCACAACAUGGCAGCAGGUUCUGCUAUACCUUUUAUUCAUCCUCGGUAGUGCUCUUUGGGUCUCAUUCUGGACAGUCAUGGCACGAAAGCAUGCCUUCGAGAAGCGAUUCGAGGAUAUCGUCAUGGCAGAGCGAGAAAUGCGAAAGCGUCGUGCCGCUGCCAAACCAACUCCGGCACUUAAGAAAUUCUUUACCUUUGACAAAUUCAAGUCGUCUCCCCCAGCCACGACUACCCUCCCUGGCUUGGGCACCCGCCAGCCUACCAUGAUGGAAAAGGGUGACCCCGACGAAUUGAUGGCUACAACUCUUCCCAUGCGCCGCGCAAGGUCUGCGCCCGAGGAGUCUAUUUCUUCUGACUCAGAGGACAACGAUAGUAAUACGAGCACGGUAGCAGCCCAUCCGACUCUUUCUCCUGGUGCCAACGAUCACAUCACGUUCGCUAGCAGCAUGGCGCAUCCCAAUGGUCGUAGAGGAAGUGUCUCCAUUUACCAACAUAACGACGACAACAACAACGGGGGCUUGCCAGGGGCACGACGGCCCUCGAUGGCGGAGUCGGCCAAAAGCGAUGAAUCGGAAGAUUUCCUCUUGCACUGGAAGAAGAUCCUGGGCGCGCACAACACUAGCAAGAGAGGACAGUUUUAUGACUUGAGUUCCGAUGAGCGUGAAGCUCUGGGUGGUUGUGAAUACAGAGCGCUCAAGGUGCUCGCGGUCGCCGUUCCUCUGUACGGCUUUAUCUGGCAGUUCCUCAGCGCCCUCGCAUUGGGUGCCUGGAUCAACAAUUAUAGACCUGAGGCGGCGGCAGUCAAUGCCGUGAACCCCUGGUGGUGCGGUAUCUUCCUUUCAUCCUCGGCCUUCAACAACGCUGGCAUGUCUCUUCUCGAUGCCAAUAUGUCGGCCUUUCAAGACGCCUACUUUGUUCAGAUUGUUGUUGGCAUCCUCAUUCUGGCAGGAAACACAGCUUACCCUCUUCUUUUGCGACUCUCUCUCUGGUGUUGUCUCCAGGUACUCAAACUGACGACUCCGGAGACCGCACAUGGCCCCUGGAGAGAGACCAUCGAGUUUAUCCUCAAGUACCCUCGACGAGUCUACACCACCCUUUUCCCUUCUCGUGCAACAUGGUGGCUUUUUGCUGUCAUCGCCACCAUCAACACCAUCGACUGGGUCGCAUUCGAAGUGCUCAACAUUGGCAAUCCUGUCGUUGAGGACAUGCCUGUAUCUGAUCGAGUCAUUGCUGGAUGGUUCCAGGCAGUUGCUGUGCGCGCCGCUGGCUUCGCUGUUGUUUCGAUAGCUAAGCUAUACCCUGCUGUUCAGAUGUUGUACAUGAUCAUGAUGUACAUUUCAGUCUAUCCUGUCUCUAUCACCAUGAGACACUCGAAUGUGUAUGAGGAACGAUCUCUCGGUAUCUACGAGGACGAUCCGCAGAUGCUAGAGGAAGAGAAUGGCAAUAAUCUCCCCACGAUUGCGGAGGAACCUGAGAAGACACCCUUGCGACGCAGAGUCACGGCCGCGGUUCAUAAAACCGCUCACAAAACCGUCAAGAGAUCAAUGACAUUUCACGGCGUGGGUGUGCGCGCUCCGCCCAAAGGACCCGACGACAACUCUCGCAUCUCCUUCAUUGGCCAGCAGAUUCGCGGCCAGCUUGCCCACGAUAUGUGGUGGCUUAUCCUUCCUGUCAUUAUCAUCAUGAUCAUUGAGACGGAUAACUUCCUCGACAAGCCUCUCGAAUAUAGUGUUUUUAACAUUCUGUUCGAGGUGGUUUCGGCAUAUGGCUGUGUUGGUCUUUCCAUGGGCGUUGCCAACAACAGCUACAGCUUGGCGGGAGGUAUGCACACGGGCAGCAAGCUCAUCCUGUGCAUGGUGAUCAUCAGAGGGCGUCACCGAGGUCUCCCUGUCGCCUUGGAUAAAGCUGUGAGGCUACCGGGCGAGAAGUUGCACAAGGAAGAGGAAGAGGACUCACGGAUCAGGAGAACGAAAACGAUGGACAGGAUUGCCAGUCGCGAGUCCAGGGCCAUAUAA